CAGGUUCAUGCAUUCCAUUUCAUUAGAAACAAAACUAUGUCUGUACAGAUAGAGCAAAGUCCGGCCAUGGGUGGGUAUAAAAUGAUCAUUUGGGCUGCUUGUGAUGAAAUGUCCGUCAUCCGACACAUGGACAAUUUUUGAAUUCUGUAUUUGCUUCGUAAAUCCGGAGAAAUAUAGCUUCAAAAAUUUGUUAUCAGAAGUGAGGGUUGUUGGGAGGAAGUCACUGGCUUGUUUUUAUACUUAUUAACAUAGAGGAUAAACAUAAGCAAUGGCUGAGGUAGCAGGUGGAGGAGAUGGGGAAGUAAAACUAGAAUCAAUGAAAAGCAAACCAGAGUCCGUAGCAAAUGGAAAUGGAGAUGUUCACCAAAACAAUAAUGUUGAGAUUAAACCAAGUCCUGGUGGGAACACCGCUGGAGCAGGGAAUAGUCAAACCAUAGAUAAUGCAGUCAGCAAACAGGCAAACCCAGCUGGCAACACCUUUAAAGAUUUAGACGACUUAGCUCCAGCUACAGAUUAUAUUGUUACAAAAAGAGACCAAGCUGUCAAGUUACGAAUGAGUCAAAAAGGUCCAGGUUCAGAAAAGCCUCUCACGGUGCCAUCAAUGUUCUACCAGACAGUUCAACGAGUCCCCAACCAUCCUGCAAUUGCUGUGAAGCGUGGGGGUGUAUGGAUACAGUGGACCUACCAACAAUAUUUCAGUGACACGCAGAAAGCAGCGAAGGCUCUGAUCAAGCUUGGUCUAGAACCUCUCCAUGGAGUUGGAAUUCUGGGCUUCAAUUCUCCUGAGUGGUUUAUUGCCAACAAUGGUGCCAUAUUUGCUGGGGGAUUUACAGUUGGAAUUUACGUCACAAAUAAUGCAGACGCCUGCAAAUAUGUGGCCUUGAAUUCACAGUGUAAUGUCAUAGUGGUUGAAAACAAUCAACAAUUGAAGAAAAUUCUACAAGUGUGGGAUGAUCUUCCAGACCUAAAGGCAGUGGUACAGUACACGGGGGAAGUGGCAGAGAAGCGAGACAAUGUGUACUCGUGGAAGGAGUUUAUGGAGCUGUCUAGCCAAGUUUCAGAUGAUGCUCUACAACACAGACUCAGUCUCCUAGCUCCAAACAAGGCCUGCUGUCUGAUCUACACUUCAGGAACCACAGGAAAUCCCAAAGGAGUGAUGUUAUCUCAUGACAAUCUAUGUUGGACUGCAGGUAAGGCGGUAGAAAAUGCUGGUCUUCUUUAUGCCUCGGAGGUCCAACUCUCGUAUCUUCCACUCAGCCACAUUGCGGGGUCAUUAACUGACAUUUAUGGCGCUAUGGUGUGUGCCGCUACCGUGUAUUUUGCCCAGCCAGAUGCUCUCAGGGGAUCUCUGCUGGGUACACUGAAGGAAGUGCGACCCACAGUUUUUGUUGGCGUGCCCAGAGUGUGGGAGAAGAUAGUUGAGGGCAUAAAACACAAGUCCAGAGAAUUUGGGUUCUUCAAGAAAAAGAUUGGUGCCUGGGCAAAGAGUGUUGGUUACAGGACGACAAUUGCAGAGAUGAACCAUGAGCCUGUACCAGGAGCAUUUAAGAUUGCCAACAUAAUGUUGAAAAAGGCGAAGGGGGAGUUGGGGUUUGACAGAUGCAGAAUCUUUAUGUCCGGUGCAGCACCCAUCAUGAAAGAGACCAUAGAGUUCUUCUAUGGCCUGCACAUUCCCUUGAUGGAAGUGUAUGGAAUGAGUGAAUGUUCCGGCCCUCACACAGUGUGCAGUCUAGACAGAUUUCGCACCAGUAGUGUAGGAACUGAAAUUCCUGGAGUACAGACAAAACUAGCAGACAAGGACGAGGAGGGCAAUGGAGAGGUCCGUAUGUAUGGAAGGCAUGUUUUCAUGGGGUAUCUUGAUGAGGAGGAAAAAACAAAAGAAACAUUUGAUGAAGAAUUAUACCUGAUGUCUGGGGACAUUGGGAAGAAGGAUAAAGAUGGGUUUCUGUUCAUCACAGGAAGAAAAAAAGAGCUGAUCAUCACAGCUGGUGGAGAGAAUAUUGCCCCGGUUCCUAUUGAAGACACUGUGAAGGAGUGCCUUCCCUGUGUGUCCAACUGUAUAUUGAUUGGAGACAAGAGAAAGUUCCUGUCCAUGCUCAUUACCCUAAAGGUGGAUGUCAAUAUGGACACUCUUGAACCGACUGACAACCUGACAGCGGUCACUGUGGACUGGGUGAAGGCCCAGGGCAGUGGUGCCACUAAGGUGUCCGACAUUUUGGACCGCAAGGACGCCAUUGUUUUGAAGGCCAUACAGCAGGGUAUUGACAAGGCUAAUGAAAGGGCCAUCUCCAGGGCCCAGAAAAUACAGAAAUGGUCCCUCCUUCCCCGCGACUUCUCUAUCCCAGGGGGUGAACUAGGUCCCACAAUGAAGUUAAGGAGACCAAUCGUGCACAAGAUGUAUGCAAAAACAAUAGAUGCUUUUUAUGCAGAGGAAUGAAACAUUUUAAAAAGGACUGUUUGCUGAAUUACUGUAAUAAUAUUCUGCCCCCUAUAAUCCAAUAUAAAGCAUAUCAAAAAAAGUACGUAGUACUCACUGUGAUGUUAUAAUGGAUGUAAUACCUAUCAUACAUGAAUAUGAUGAUAGCAUUUUGUACACCAAACAGAGUAUCAAGUCCAUGCUUUAAUUUCUGAAAAAUACAUGUAAUGUGAACAUGCAAUGACAUACAUGAAAAUAAUGUCAGAGCAACCUUGUAUUCUAUAGUUACCUUAAUUCUUAAAGAAAAAAUUGGGCAAUUUUUUAUUGUUAUUGAGGAAUUUCAGGAAUUUACCUGUUUUGUAAUGUCAGCCAGAAACACAAGUUUUAAAUAAUUUUUAACCAAUAUUUAAUGAUUGUGAUGGGCUUUUUCUGUUAUAUGCAUUAUUAAAAUAUGUAUAUGAUAAAUAUAUUUCUAAAAAAUGUAGGGGGUAUUUAUUGCUUAGCAUUUUAUAAAUAUAUGUGUGAAUUUCAUAUAUAUUUUGCUAUUCAAAUUAUUUUUGUCCUUACAAAGCACAAAUAUUCAUUUUUAUAUAUUUAAUCAUUAUAUUUAACCACCAUGUAUGUAUUUUUUAAAAAAGUGCUAAAUUAAAAACAAGUGUACAUAUUGGUUUUAUUUUAACAUAUGAACAUUACAUGAUGUGACAUUACAUUCUUAGUAGGCAUCAGAUAUCAAAUAUGUACAUGUAUAUAGUUUUGGAGAAAUAUAGUAAUUCUGUUGUGCAACGAAAUCAGACUACGCAUUUCAGGAGUCUUCCAUAAAAUCGGAUGGAUAGAGGAACUUGCAAGUUGAUCAUUAAUGUGGGACCUUUGCAUUAGUAUUUCUCUAGCCGACUUGUUUUCCAGUUAGGAUAACUUUAAACUUAUAGAAUCUCACCAAUCAGAUAUAUAUGUGUAUAUAAAUCUUCUUUUCGUAUCAAUGACUCCAGUGCUGUUGUAAUUAUAUCAAAACACCAAAGAAAUUUCACAGCCAAAAAAUAAAAUGAUCAUUGUAUAUUUUCAUUCUGUGUGAAAAUUGUAAAAUAUACAAAGUGUUAUUCAAACCUGUUCUUUAAUAUUUUAUAUUUGCAUAAUGUACAAUUUUGCUUUGUAAAACUUCUCAAUAUUUUUUUUACCAGGGUAAUUAAUUAAAAUGAUUAUGUAAUCUCUUUCUUUGUGAUCUAAAUUUGUUUUAAUUGUGAAUUGUGAUUUAUGUUUCAUAACAUGUAUGUUUCUUAAAAUGUCAUCAAAAUUUGUUAAAUAAUGUUUUAGAUUGAAGAUUAAUAUCAUUUCAAUGUAGAUUUAAUAGACCAUAGACCAUUUUUUUCCCCGUGAAAAUUGUUCUUUAAUGUCAUUUGUAUUUUGUAAGAAUAUCUGCAAAGGCUUUACACCUGUUGAAAUACAAAUUAGGUGCAGGAACUAGCUUGUUUGUCAUUAGGAAAUUAACUGAUCAUUUUCUUUUUUCUGCCAAAAAUACAUGAAUCGGUACCAAGAGGUAAAAAUAUUUUAUCCAAGGCAAUGCAAUCUCAGCAAUAUUUUUCUAGUGGUGCAAAAAUCUAGCUUUGAAAAUUACCCGGCAACUGUUUAACUUUCAUAGUAAGUUGUACAUGCAUGUGUAAUUUAAGAUACUAGCUGAGAUUAUCAGGUCAAUAAAUGGAAAAAUAAAGAGUUGUAGUACUGUACAUGUAUUAAACUUUUGUAUAAAUUGUGAAAUUUUUAAGUGUAAAUACUAUUAUGACUAGUAAAUUUUGCUCAAAAUUGAA